AUGAUUUUGCAACAAGUUUGGACAUUGAAGGUAGAUUGGGACGAAUCCCUUCCGUCAAACUUACACACAGAGUGGAUCAAAUACCACACCCAAUUGCCGUUGUUAAAUGCGGUAAGGUUCCCUCGGAAGACCAUCAUAGAAUCCGCAACGAAAAUUGAGCUACACGGAUUCUGUGACGCUAGCGAAAGGGCAUAUGGGGCGUGUGUCUACGUGCGAACAACGGACCGAAAGAACAAUAUUUGGACUCGACUCCUAACGGCGCGAUCGAAGGUAGCGCCGCUCAAAUCACUCUCCAUACCACGUCUCGAAUUAAGCGGGGCACUUCUUUUGACGUCCCUGAUUUCGUCAAUACGACAGGCCCUGACGACCAAGAUAUCGCGGAUCGUAUACUGGACUGACUCCACCAUCGUCCUCCAUUGGAUCAGAUCUUCGCCGCACACCUUGAAAACAUUUGUGGCGAAUCGAGUCGCUGAGAUACAGACCAAGACCAAUAUCUCCGACUGGCGUCAUGUGCCGACCGACGACAAUCCAGCUGAUCUCAUCUCCCGAGGCCAGACGCCCAAGGAAUUCCUAUGUCCGUCCAUUUGGAAAAACGGGCCAAGGUGGCUCCUGCAAGGCGAAGCCUAUUGGCCGGUCUGGAGCCCGACCCCGGUAGUCGACAUCCCGGAGCAAAAGAAGACGAUUUGUCUGAGGGCGAACAUUAACGACAACACACUCCUCCAUCGUUAUUCGUCUUGGCCCAGACUAAUAAGAAUCGUCGCCUGGUGUCUUCGAUGGAGACAUAGGCAACACCGACCUGCCCAUCUCACCACCGACGAACUAACGGCAGCGCACAACCAACUAAUCAAGUUAAUACAAUCCAGACAUUUCGCGCCUGAAAUUCGGACCCUCCAGAAAAAUCGAAGCGAGGACGUUGGAGGGAAACUGCAGCCAUUAAACCCCUUCCUCGACGAAGAUGGGAUACUCCGGGUAGGAGGACGACUAACCAACUCCGCUAUACCCUUCAGCCAAAAGCACCCCAUCAUCCUGCCGAAGUCCCCGGUGACAGAACUAAUUAUAGAACGAGAGCACCGGAACAAUCAUCACACAGGGACACAAGCAACACUAUACGCGAGCCAACCCUCCACCAGUGGAAUACUUGAUGGGUGA